AUGAAGAAUAAAGUAACUUUAGAUUUACUAAUCCAAGCAAAAGAUUCUUUCUUAAGUAGUAACAAUAAUAAGAAUGAUCAUGUAGUUAAAGAAAUUGAUAAAUUAACAAACUCAUAUUUAGAUAUAUUACAAAUACUGCAUUCACUAAUAAAUUGCACUGAUGAUAAUAAUAAAGAUAGCAUUAACAAUAUGGAUAUUAGUAGUAGUGGUGAAUCAAACAUUAAGUUUAUAUUAUCGCUUUUAUUAAGGUUUACACCAAACAUUCAUGGAAUAUUACCACCAAGACAAAUGGUUAAAUGUUGUGAAGAGAUUAUGAGCAUUUGUUAUGGAUUUGGUAACAAAGUUAGAAGAAAUAGUAUUAAAAGUGACAUUAUUAUGAAUAUCAUUAAUUCUAGUUAUAAUAAUAGUAAUGAUAACAAUAAGUAUAAAUUUAUAAAGAAAUCUAGAAUAUCAGAAAAUGCAAAAAUAUUUAUUGCCAAUAAAAAUAGUAGAUUAUUAAGAUGUUGUACUCUAAAAUCAGAUUUGUUAGAAAUUGAUAAGGAUAAAAUGAAUAUUUUGGUGAAAAUUUUUAUUGAUGAAAUGGUAACAGUGGAACCACCAACCUUGCUAACCGAUUAUAUAUUGAUUGUACCUAAACCUAUUCCAUUUGAAAGAGACAAUAUAAUUCAAAAAAAGUUUUAUGAUAGUCCAGAAUUAUGGGAUUUACUUCAAUUCAUUACAUAUGAUUAUGAUAAAUUUGAAGAAGUUUUUGAUUUAAUAUUAAGACCAUUACUUGCUAUAAAUAUUGGCUUUUGGUAUCGUGUGAAAGAUCAGAAUCCAAAUAACUAUCCUUUAGAAUUAAAAUCAUCUGAAAGAUUAUUAGAGAUGAUGAAGACAGCUAAAUAUUUACCAGAACCAUUAAAUCAUGUGGGAAAAUUAUUUCCACACAUUACAUCAAAUGAUAUUGGUUACUUAUUAUUUGAAUGUAUUUGGAAAUUUAUUAUGGAAAAUAGGCAGCAAUGUCCAUAUUCUGAUGACGAUAAUGACGAUAAUGAUAAAUUGGAUGGAUUCAAAAAUUAUUGGAAAAGAAUUAGAAAGUUGAAAUUGACUGUACAGAAAAAUAUUAUGAUGAUUCCUCAAGAAAUUGCUAAUUGGAUGUGUAGUAAUGUUGGUGAUGACGAUGAUCAAGAAUCAAAGUCAAUACAUGAUGUUCAUCUUCUCAAAUCAAUUAAUAAUAACUCCCACUUAUUGUAUAGUGAUUAA